AUGGUCACGGACAAAAACCCCGAUCCAAACAAUGUCGUAGAUCCGAAGCUGAUCCCGAAACCAAAACGAAUCGAAAUCAUGUUCUAUUCGUAUGGCCCGGACCUAAAGACCGGCGAUUGGGGCUUGACCCCGAAUUUCCGGAUAUCAUUCCAAUUCGACAAGAACGUGACGGUCCUUGAUCAUCCAACCGAAUUCUUCGGGUCGCUGGGUGAGGAGCGCGCCGAUUUUGUGCCGAUGGACGAUUGGAGACUGUUUGAUUUGGUGAUAAGAUGCGUCAACCGCCGACUCCGCAUCUAUGUCAACAAUUAUGAAUUUGCGAAUUAUGAGCUCGGCCGGUCGAUCGAGGGCACCGAUCAUAUUGGAGUCACCGGCGAUGUGGAGGUUCUCGGCUUCACGGGCAACACCUUGGAUGAGAAAAAGUCGAGAAAACGGCUCGCCUGCUUUGAGGUUUCCUUUGUUUUCGCCAUGUUAGCCCUCCUAUUCUACCUUAAAAUUUGCAAUAAUCACCCCGAAGAGCCACCCUAUGACUCACUCCCUGACAUCCCUCCGCCAACGGAGCCUCCAGAGCCCCCGCCGGAAGUCAUCCACUUUUUCGGCGAAGCUAAAUUGCCAGACCCAAACCCGCUUCUCGGAACGAGAAUUACCCUAAAUAACUCGGCAACCGUCGGACAGUACCUGCAUAUCCUGGGGAAUACCACCGAAAAUGCCACAUCAUUUUGCGUGACACUGUCCGAGGACUUUGACAUUGACGCGAAUUAUGCUUGCGGAGUAUGCGCUUAUUUUGGAGCCGACCCAAAAAUCGAGUAUGCCGCAUAUAAUUAUGGGAAGCGAAUUUUUAAUGGAACGGGUUUGAAUCCGUUUACGCCAGGCGAACAAUUUGACCUCCGCAUCCGCUUCCUCCAAGACUACGUACAAAUUUUCGCAGAACGAGGAGAAAUCGGCAUCUUUGGAAAGCUACAUGAGGUACAUGAGGCAAAAAGUCUAAAAAUCAUUGGCAACAUCACAAAUCUGUUGCUGCUGCAAUUAGCGGGUGGCAAUUACACGAUGCCGUUUUACCAGCCGAUAAAGUCUAAAGUUGGACUGCGAUUGGAUAUGGUGUUGAAGCCCGUGCCGGAAAUGGACCCCUCGCUAUGGGCAGCGCUGAUCGAAGGUCAACCUCUUGAAACCGCGACGAACAGCUCGAUUCGCGUGAAGCGCAAAGGUGGUUAUGGCACAAGCUAUGGGCGCAGUACGAUGGGCGCGUAUUGGUAUUCGCCGAUGCACGGAGGAUACUACCACACGCCACCAAUCCAAUCGAGCACGACCCCCACGGCACGCUUCUACUCCCCGGCCUCAUAUUCCUACCGUAACGCGCAGAAUAACGGUACUAUGGAAUAUUCCCUAAGCGAUGGUCACGGACAAAACCCCGAUCCGAACAAUGUCGUAGACCCGAAGCUGAUCCCGAAACCCAAGCGAAUCGAAAUCACCCUCUACUCCUUCGGACCGGACCCCGAGAAGGACUACCAUUGGGGCCUGGCGCGAACGUUCCGGCUCUCGUUUCAAUUCGACAAAAACAUGACGGCAAUGAAUCGGUAUUCCCCGCUAAGGAUCUUCAAUGACGUGCAGCAAGCCGAUUUUGUGCCCAUGGAUGAUUGGAGACUGUUCGAUUUAUCGAUUCAAGCGGCAUCCGACCGGCUUCGCAUCUACGUCAACAAUUAUGAAUUUGCCAACUAUGAAUUGGACGCGGUUCGUGCAGGGAUCGAUCAUAUUGGAAUCAACGGGGAUGUUGAGGUGCUCGGGUUCGAGGGGAACACUCAAAUAAUCGAUAUAUUAUUCUACAAGGCCGGCGAUAACACCACCGAUCCCGCUGGGUUGAUGCCGACAUUUAAGGUCUCAUUCCACUUCUCCCAAAAUGCCACCACACUCAGCCGGCGUGUCCUGCAAAAUUGGGUCAACGAGGAACGCGCCAAUUUCGUGCCGAUGGACGAUUGGCGAAUAUUUGACUUGGUCAUCCGGUCUGCAGAAGAUAGGCUCAAAAUCUACGUCAACAAUUUUGAAUUUGCAAACUACGAAUUAUACCCUGAAAUCAAGGCCAGCGAACAUAUCGGAAUUACAGGGGAUGUGGAGGUCCUCGGCUUCAAGGAGAAUGCAACGUGCCUUACCCUGCUGCCGUAUUCUGACGCCGACAUAUUCAACUCACCCCAGGAGAUCCAGUUCUGGGAUGAGAAACUGCCACCGCCAAAAAUUGGCCAAUACAUCCACCUGGUCGGGAACUUGAAGCCGGGGGCUAAAUGGUUUUGCGUGACGCUUGCCGGAAAGUUUGACUCUCCUGGCGUGUCAUCCAGUGUUUGUGCAAUUUUUGGAAGUGAUGCAAAAAUCAUUUACGAGGCUUAUCGAGGCGAAAAGCGGAUCUAUCAAAAUGAGGCGACGAAUCCAAUUUCGGAGCCAGUGAAGUCAAAUCCAAAAAUCGACCUCCGCAUCCGGUUCCUCGCGGAAUAUGUCCAAAUCUUUGCGCAACGCGGUGAAGUCGGGAUCUUUCGAAAACUCCCCGAAGUCCAUACGUUCCGAUUUCUGCAGCUAACUGGCGAUGUAAUCAACCCCACGCUCAUGAACGUCGACGGCGCGAGGUACAGGGCUUUCACAUCUGUGGGGUUCAAAUAUGGCGCGAGGUUGGAUAUGGCGAUGCUGCCGAUGGUAACCGUUGAACCCGCAGUUUGGGAAUCGCUGAUUGAAGGCGGUGCAACGAAACGUAAAUCGACGCGUGUAAAGCGUCAAAGCGGAAGAGGAGGCGGUGGACGUGGCAGCGCGUCCGGGAAUGACCGCUGGCAACAGCCUGAUCAGUCUAAUUUCUUGCCGAUUGACAAUUGGAGGCUAUUUGAUGUGUCGAUAAAGCCUGUCGAUGGACACCUCAAAAUCUACAUUAACAACUUCGAGUUUGCUAGUUACGAGGAGAAUGUGCAAAUAAAGGCUUCAAAUAUCUGCUCGAUUUAUGGGGAUGUUGAGGUCCUCACGCUGAAGGCCGACGGGAAGAUACUUGCUCCAGAAUGGGGCGCGCUACCCAAAAAGCAG